AUGGAAAACAUUAACAACAGACUUUUCACCUUUGAGCUUCGAAUGCUUGCGGACCAAUCCUUUACGUUCAACGACGCCUUAGAUUUAAGGAAAGGAUUCACAUCUUCUACGCAAGGCCUAGAUGGCUCUGACAAGGAUCUAAAGCUACCUGGACCGCCUAUCGACGAAGGUCCGAACGCUCCUACACCACCUGGGCAAGACCCAGGUCCUGUGUCUCAUACCGACUACCUGAAGAGAUACGGCGGGCAGGUAACUCAAUCGUUUAUCCAGGAGGGUGCAUGGAGGCACCGUAAGGACCAGCGUGAAGGUAGAAAUACCUUGUUCUACAAUUUAUGGCGAGCGGAAGGACAGCAGCGUUCGGUAAAAUGGAUCCCGCUUUCUCGUAAGGAGAACGUUUUCGGCGAAACGGACGAUGACGAGCAACUCUGGCAAAAUAUUUCGGAGAUGUUCUACUGCAUUGCGUUUCAGACGCUCCUAAAAGUCCUUCUCUAA